ACCUAAAGUUAGGGUUUGGGGGAGAGUGGGAGAGGGAGCGAUGGACAGCGGCAACAGCAAGGUCCUGGAGGCGCAGCGCCUCUACGGGCGCCUCGAGACGAGCAUUUUCGCCCGGAAUUUCGACAGCGCGCGCGCCUUCCUCAAUCAGCUCAAGGUCAAGCUCACCGAGUUCUCCGGCCUUCCACCGCUCUAUCGCCACACCUCUACUCAAGUCGAGGAGCUCAAGCUUGCUCGAUCCAUCCUUGAGCAGGCUGUGCUCUUGAGCGUUGGGACUGAAGACCAGGAAUCUUUCGAGCUCCAUUUUCUCCAGCUCAAGCCUUACUACACAGACACAAGACACCUGAUUCCUCCAUCGAAUUUCGAGUACAUCAUGCUGGGUCUCAAUCUCCUGCGGCUACUCGUCCAGAACAGGAUCGCCGAGUUUCACACCGAGCUCGAGCUCUUGUCUCCGGAAGCUCUCAAGAACGAUUGCAUCAAGAUCGUGGUGGAGCUGGAGCAGGCACUGAUGGAGGGCGCUUACAAUCACGUCCUUCGUAGCCGAAAGGUUCCUCACGACAGCUACAAUUACUUCAUCAAUCUUCUCGCCAAGACCGUGAGGGAUGAGAUUGCUGGCUGCAGCGAGAAAGCUUACGAUUUCCUGACGCUGGACGAUGCCAAGACGAUUUUCAAGUUCACGAGAGAUCAGGACCUCAUGACUUACAUCAGUGAGGAGCAUCCGGACUGGGAGAUAAGAAAUCGAUGCGUCUACUUCCAGAAGGUGAAGGAUUUUUCGCUUUGCAAGGAGAUUCCAUCGCUGCAGCUCAUCAAUCAAACUCUGGGCUACGCGCGGGAGCUAGAGCGCAUUGUCUAGUUCAUUUGUUUUUGUAGCUAACAAUGGAGCUACCGCGUUUUAUAACCAUUGACUUUUAAUUCGAAAAGUUAGGGUUUAUAGUC